AGGCAAUGAUAAUGCAAUAAAUGCAUGCUCCCUAAACGUACAUCCUUCAAGACCGUCCUGCUGAGCUAACCGAAGUCAAAUACCAUUGGACCAAGGAUGUAAACGUGACACCUCAACAUAAUUAUGAUAAUCUACCAGAUGGGAUAUAUAAUGAUGCUCAAAUCUCCAUUACUUUAUUUCUUGUUGCGACGCAUUCAUUACAAGAUUUUAGGAAAGACGGUCUAAGCGACUGAACCAUGACCAUGAAAGGUUAUCUGACAGUUGCACUUAUAAUCACUGGAUGCGUUUCCGGGGGAAGAGCGUUCGGUGUGGAUAUAAACGCUGUGAAAGCUAUCUUCGACGUAGCAGAUUCACAAACCUGGAUAGACUUUCUAAAAGACCCGAGUAAAGCAGGGAGAAGUGGACUUAUUGUUAUUGAUCUUGGUCCAAAUUUUUUUGACGCAGCCUGUGAAGGUGAAAAAACUCAAGUUGUUGGCAGAAAUGGUGAUGUGUGCUUCAUCGUUCAAACAUCAUGCCGGAACUACAACGUAAUGAAGAGCAUCAAGAAGGACAUAAAGGACAUCCUUGGCAAACUAAAAUAUGAGUCCUUUUACACCACUAUAACUUAUAGCGAUAACGCGAGACAGGCGAAGGCACAAAAUAAAAGAUGGAUUGUUAAUGCAAAGAGAGUUUACCCAGGCAGGCUGAGAGUUGGAGAAGACUGCAACGACUGCCAAGCUAGAACUGACAAAGCCCUUGAAAAAUGUGAAGAAUACUUUAAUGAUACUGCUCUCAAUGGGAGAGAGACGGUCCCCAAAACAAUCGUCCUUUUUACAGAUGGUGUCUCAUUUGGCGAUAAGUUCAUGGAAUUGGAAGCGACGAGAAAGCUUACAAUUGACAAAUUAAUUGAAAUACAAAAAGUUCAAAGGGGGUAUGAGUUAGCCCUCCAAGUCGUUAAGAUUAACCAACCAAGUCAUACUGCAAUAUCAACAUUUAAUGAUGAAUGGGGUAUGAUGUCUUAUAUUCCUGCUAAAUUUCCCGAAAGGGUACAUGUGAACAAACUUGGAGAAAAUAAUGACCAAGACGUGGAAAUCGCUGUUGCUGGAGAAAAGCUAGUAGACGAACUUGUACCAAAACCAUGCUGCACGGCAGAUGUCGUGUUCAUCAUUGAUACCUCAGACAGCAUUAAUUCAACAGAUAUACAACUUCUUCUCGAUUUCGUCCAUGGGUUUAUAGAGGUCCAGGAGAAGAUGUUGAAUCCCAAAGCCGAUGACAAAACCUACGGUCUUCAGAUUGCUGUUCUAACAUAUUGUGGAGCAGUAAAAGUUCACGCCACACUUGGGGAGAAAAGUAGAGAAGAACUUAUGACUAUAAUCGACGGUAUCAGUAAUAAAUCUUGCACAUUUACAUCUACACAUUUGGCUCUGAAGUCGGCACUGCAUCAAUUGGAUAAGACACCAAAAGCACGUAAAGAACCACAUGUCAGGAAGAUAGCCGUUUUAGCCACUGAUGGUCGAACUUAUAAAGUUGGAACGAAUCAGGCGUACACAGGCCCUGAUACAAUUAAUGCCGCGAAAGCCAUCAAGAACAUUGGAGAUGGACGGGGAGAAGUGUUCCUUGUUGGUUUACCCAACAAGAAACUGAAAACUACCGGAGUUAAUGAUGAAUGGCCUCACCUUCCGUCAGCACCAACUAAAUGUAAUUUCGUGGACAUGAGAAAUGGAACAUUUGAAGAUCUAAGUGCUGUCGGAAAAUACCUUACUAAGAAGAUUUGCUAUGAAAAAGACGCUGCUUUCUGUUUCUUUGAUGAUAAAAAGCAGGACAAAAAAGAAGAAAGAGAUUGACAAAAUGUUUCUGAACCCCAUUUCUGAAGAUAAAUUGAUAAAGUUAUUGCGGAAGAGGAGUGGUCUGCUUAAACCUUAUUUUUGAAAAAUGUCUUUGUACGAAAUAUACAAAAUCUUAUAAUUAACAUAAA